UCGCGCUCUGCGCGUUACAAACGAUUUGCGCCUCGGUCUCGAGAGGAGAUACUUCACAAAGAACACUGCUAUUUCUUAUUUAGUAAAAUUAUACAACCAACUAUGAGCGACUUUUACUUUUUGUCGACGCGAACUCGUCUGUUUAAUAGGAUUAUUCAAGCAUCUGAGUGAAAUAACGGAAAUCACGCUCGCCUUGUGCUGUUUAUUAUAGGUUUUUAGACUAGAAAAACGCUCGGCCGGUGGACAGAAAGGAAAGAAAGGGAAGAUGGAAAACAAGCUUGUUCCGUUUUCGAGAUAUUCUCGUCCAAACCACAUUUUUUGCUCGUAAAUAGUGAAGUUUGUCUGGAGCGCGUAUCCAGCUGCUGAGAUGAUGGAGAGGAUGAGCGCUCAGAGGGAAGUUUUCUCUCCAGACAUCCAAACAAAGAGAGUCUCAUCCACCGGAUUAUCAAACUACAGAAAAACAGCUUUCAAAGCAAAAAGUAUUGGCGAAAGUGUGCUUCACUGUGAGGCGGAAAUAUGAUGCUGCGCGUGAGAUCUACUUGUGCGUAAUGGACACAUAAGAUCAGGAGGAGCAUCUCAGCACACAGGCUUAUAUUGCCGUAGCAAUGAUUGCAACAGGUGGGGUGAUCACGGGGCUUGCUGCAUUGAAAAGACAAGACUCCACCCGCUCUCAGUAUCAUCUGCCAACCCAGAGCCCCACCCCUGCACCUGAGAAGAAAUGCACUAAGCGUAAACCCAGAGCUGAUGUGGUGGUGGUGAGAGGAAAGAUCAGACUGUAUUCGGCCUCAGGAUUCUUCCUGGUUUUGGGAGUGCUGAUCCUCCUGGCAGGUAUUGCAAUGGCUGUUCUAGGAUACUGGCCUCAUAAAGACCACCAGAAGGCACCAGAAAGCAAAUUGUCCAUGAAUGAUACGCAGAUUGGCCGAGAGCAAGUGGGCUCCAUUGCGCAAUUCUUGGAGCAGCACCUGCAUUCAGAGAAGAUGAAAAUGUUGGGUCCUUUCACAAUGGGAAUUGGGAUUUUUAUCUUCAUCUGUGCUAAUGCCAUCUUACACGAGAAUAGGGAUCGCGAGACAAAGAUCAUCCACAUGAGGGACAUGUACUCGACAGUCAUAGACAUUCACAGCCUGCGGAUUAAGGAGCAGAAGUGUACUAACGGGGCCUAUGUGGGUCCCUAUGCGGACACAGAGAUCCGUUCCUUCGGUCUGGACAGUCAGUUUGCCUCACGUCUCGCAGCAAACACGCUAAUGUCCUUCUCUGGUCUUGAUAGGGACGUCCGAUUCUCCCACAGGACAAGCUCGGCUGAGGAUGACGAGGGUCUAAUGAGUGAGGCCAGAGGCGGAUUAGGUCUGUUGUCGCCUACCUACAAAGACCGCUCUGAAUGUAUCUUUGGUUUCCAGGAUGAGGGUAUUCGUCGGUGGGAGGACAAACGUGGCGUGCUUAAGAAAUGCCAAACGCGCUCCAUCGUUUCCUCUUCCAUCAGUGCCUUCACGCUGCCUGUCAUCAAACUCAACAACUGCGUUAUCGACGAGCCUGACAUCGAUAGCAUCACAGAGGACCUAGAGCCGAACAGGGUCCACUCCAGACCUCCAUCAGUGGAAUCGUUAACAGUCCCUGUUCCCGACAUCACCAAAGCUUUCAAGCCUCCAGGUGGCCAUUUGCUCCGGAGCAACUCAGCCACUGAAUCCCCAAGCUCUGCAUCGUCCCAUUUCUCACUGUCUCCUGGAUCCACCAGCAGUAGGUUCCUGUGCCCGGGUGAGGCACGUAAAGACUUCGGUUCCAAUAACUCCCUCCAGAUGUUGUCAGCCCAUUCCAAAUCUCUGGAUUUAGAGCGAGGGCCCACAAUGCUGACUGUCCAGCCUGAACAGAGGAAACACCCGAGCUGGCCCAGAUUGGACCGUAGUAAUAGUAAAGGAUACACCAAACUGGAGAACAAAGAAGACCCUAUGGACAGGCUAAUAGUGCCCCCAGUGGCUGUGAAGAAGGACUACACUAAAAAGGAGAAACUUCUUAUGAUCUCCAGGUCUCACAAUAACUUGAGCUUCGAGCAUGAUGAGUUUAUGAGCAGCAGUCUGAAGAGAGGCACCUCAGAGACUAGAUUUUAAAACCUAGCUAGGGCCUCAUUUAUAAAGUAUGCGUACACUCAGAUUUGAUCUUAAAGUGUGCGUACAAUUAAAUCCACACCAAUGCUAAUAUUUGUCAAAAUGGUCUUUGAAGUGGACAAGUGCUUAGCAUCACAGCAGGGUCUGAGCAGACAUACACACUUUUUCUUGUCGGAGUACUGCAGGUAUUUGGAAAUAUAAGCUGUUCUUGCAGCUCGCUGUUCUAAAUUAAAGAAUUUGGUUCAUGACUGCGAUCUUUUAAUCCUAAUGACAUUAAUUAGGAGUCGUUUACAAGGCAGAAAGCUGAAACCAUUUAGUUGCGCGCAAGUUUAAGAUCAUUUGCAAUUCAUAGAUUUCACAUCUGAAAGAGAGGCGUAUGUGCGUUUUCUGUACGUAUGUUCAUUUUAUGAAUCGCAUGUACGCAUAUUUGAGAGAUGAACUUCCGAUCAAAUUUAGGAUGGUUUCUGUGCAACAUUAUAUAAAUGAGGCCUCUGGUCCCAGAUGUCAACCCAGUGGCUUUUGGUGUUCACAAUCUGCCUGCAAUCAAAAACUAUAGAAUAUCCAAGACAUAUCACUCAUAUAGUUUUCAAUGGGGAAAAAUGCAACGCUCAAUAUGGCUGCUCAAUCGCAGUAAGCCCCGCCUUCUGAAUGAAAGAGCCAAUCACUAAUCGGUAAAGUCAGUGUGUCACUGCAGCUGCCAUUAGAAAUCCCGGUUGCUAUAGAAACAGUCAGCGUUUUGAGACAUGCGCUUAGGACUGUGAAUGCUGAUCUUAGCAUGAAAAAUAAGCUUUUUAUAAUGCUAUUUGUGGAAAAGAAUCAACAGAAUCAAAGUUGUUGUCAGAUUUCUUUGGUGAUUUUAAAUAUGAAAUUUAUUCGUAAGCUUAGUGAACACUUUUGGAGAACUUGAUGUUCCCCAUUCAAAGAGAUAGGAGAUGCGCUUGCAUGUCUGAGAGCCGUUUCAAAGAUGGCCAUGAGUGACACGACUUGUCUUAAAGGGACUUUACUGCAAUGCAGAAGAGAGUUCUUGCUGUUUUUUUUUAAUUAAGGCCCUUGAAAGCUCAGUUAUGCUGGUUUUUAUGCGGCAGAAUGGUUAACACUUUAGUUUGAUGGCCCCUUUUGAACAUUUUCUUUUUGACAAUAAGUACCAUUGCACCUACAUGUCAACUCUCUUUAGAGGAUUAGUAGACUGUCUGCUUAAUAUCUUCUAACUCUUUAUUGUGUCCUCCCAACAGACUACUCAACUGACUAUAAGUCACUUUGCAAGUACAUGUCAACUUAUUCUAACCCUAACCCUACCAGCCUACUAAUACUCUACUAGCAAUCUGAGAGUUAGUAGAUACAGUAUGUAGGUACAACGUUACUUGUAUAGCUAACAGAAUGUGUUAAAGGGACCAUUAAAGUUUAGGGAAACCGCAGAAUUAUAUUUUACCAUGAAUUUGAAAUACAAAAGUGAGCUGUAACGGUAAAUAAAAGUAUGGGUACGGUGAACAAUUUGGUAACAAACAGGUUACUGAAAGGUUAGUCAGAUGUGUUUGUAGUGUUUUGGUUAACAUUCAGACAGGAUCUAUUGUUUGUUUGAGUACAAUAUGUGUGUUGUACCAGCACUGCUAGUUAUUUUACGUUAAAUAAUUUAUAGUUCAAACACGCACACACUGAUAUUUUUGAAGAGAACUUAUCUAUGUAUAAUUUAUCUGUUUCUCAGAAUAAACACAAGCUUUCCAGAUAUUGCUGUCCUGUUUUGUGUUAAUUCCUA